CGCUGAAGCGAGCGCACGGGGAGAUGUUCCUGAGCGGUUUGGUGAAAACCGACAUCGAAUAAACCGCAGCGCAGAGGAAGGAAAAAUCACCGACGUGGGGCGAGCGAACAAAAUGGAGACACGGCAGACCUCACAUCGACAACGGGCUUCGUCAGGUUCCGGGAUCGAACCCACGACCUCCUACGGGCCAGGCGAGGUAGUCAACAUCUCGUCACAACAGCUCGCAAGAGAUGGAGCAUCACGAGAGAGACCCUCCAGUGGACAUAUUACAGGUCUCCUCUUCCACGCUGCGCCAACGACGUUGUAAGAGGAAGUGGGUGGCCGCACCUCGCACCCAACCGUUCAGCGAGCGCACAGGGAGAUGUUCCAGAGCGGUUUGGAGCGGCCGACAGCGAAGAAGGAAAAUCACCGACGUGGGGCUGGCGGGCGUCAAAAAUGAAUAUUCCGUCGUGUUUCAUCUCCCUGCAAUUGUUCGCGACGCUGAUACUUCCCUCUAAAAGUGCGACGAUCAGCAACAGGCCACAAGAGGUUUUGAAAGGCGGAUGUAACGAAACAACGCACUACUCGUCAAAACAUGGCAUCUGCUGCGAGCUCUGCCCAGCAGGUAGCAAGAAGUUGAUGGAUUGCGAUUCCAACAAGACCGGCUCGUUCUGCACGGGUUGCCGUGCAGGAGAAGGCUACACGGACGAACCGAACAGCUCCAACGAGUGCAAGAAGUGCACCGUUUGCAACGUGACUUCCGAAGACACUGAGAGGAGAUGCACCACCAAGGAGGACACUCGCUGUCGCUGUAGAGACGGCUUCCAGAGGGCUGCCCCAUUGGACCCCUGCACGGAAGCGAAGGGAGAUGCAGACGUUGCUGGAGCUGUCAUCGGUGUUCUCAUCGGUGUUGCCAUCGGUGCUGUCGUGCUCCUCAUUCUACUUGUGGUGACCGUGGGCCUCCUUCUCUACAGAAUCUUCCGUAAACGCUUCCCCUGGGAAAGCAGUCACUCUACAAGUGAGACCACACUUUUGAAUACGGAUGAAGAGGAUGUGAAUCUGUUGGUAGAUGAUUCACCGCGCAGUAAUGUCUCCAGUCAUGAUUCAAUGAAGAGCACAGAAAAUUUCAUUGGUAAAAUUAUCACGGAAGAUCAAACGGGCAACUGGAAGGACGUCGAGAGGGAGUUGCCAGAGUUGCGAGAGUGGAUCGGCAAAACUCCCUCCCUUUUCCUGCAUGAGCUGAAGAAGAAAAAUUUGGUUACGGAAGAGGCGUACUGGAGGGCAUUUACAAUUCCCGACGCCGCUAAGCGCGUGGACUCAAUCCUGUUGCCCAUCAUGAGACGAGGGGAAGGCGAAUGUCAACAGCUGCUGAAGAUACUCGGACAACAGCGGAGCACGGAACGGCAUUUCCUGGACAUGCUGAAGACGAGCCAUGUGUGCUCGCCCACUCUGAACCCCAACUCGGCACAUCGACAGCUUAAAAUGUCUGCCGAUCUCAGCACAGCGACGUGGAACCAGGCGGAUCAGCCUUACUCUGAUCACGCAGAAAGGUUUGAGUCGUGGCCAAUAGUCCUCUGCUUCGAGACCUUCUCGUCGGGUGACCACUACUGGGAAGUUGACGUGAGAGCCUCGGAAAACUGUUCUAUAGGUGUCGCACGUGGGUCGAUUCCUCGGAAAUGUCAAGAAAAGUCUGGCAGGUUGGGCUGGAAUGAGUCUUCUUGGGCGUUCAUUAAAUGGGAUUCGAAUUACUCUGCAAGACAUGACGGCCGAUGCAUUCCUUUUCCGGAGAUUCAGCAUUUGCAGAGAGUCGGCGUUCGCUUGGACUUCAACGCAGGAAAGCUUUCGUUUUACAACGCCAGCACCACGGAGCUGUUGCACUCAUUUGACGACAUUCCGAGUGAGCCGCUCUGUCCGGCUAUGCAGGUGAACUCGGGCUCAAUCAUGAUUUAUGAAGCUCAAUCAUUCAAGAACCUGGCUGUGGAUGAGAGCAGAGAAGACAUUCAGAUUUGUGAUCACUUUGUAAACAGUGGAGUUCAUCGCACAAAAAACACCGCUGCAGAGAAGGGUGACAGCGAAGAUACAUUGCUGACAACGAGGACAGAGGAACCUUCGGUGGUACGAGAUUUGAUCGGUAGGAUCCCUGCAAUGCAACAUCACGAGUUGCUCGUCCAGGGUCUCAUCACGCAAUCCGAGCUCUCAAAAGUCUAUUCGAUGCCCCGCGCGUCAGCACGAGCUGACUUCAUCAUAAGCCGCCUCGAUCGCAAGCAGGAAGAGCGCCCGCAACUCCAAAAGAUUCUGCGUGAACACCGUGAGAAGCAAGAUGCAUUCCUGAAAAUGCGGAGAGAAUCGAGCACUUGCUCGCCGACUCUGAACCCAAACACGGCACAUUGGAACCUCCAGAUUUCUGCCGACUUUAAAACCGUCAGGACUUCCUCACGCACCCAACAUUACCCGGACAAUCCAGACAGGUUCGACCACUACCGAGUGGUCAUUUGCUCUGAGAAAUUCUCAUCGGGUCGCUACUACUGGGAAGUGGACGUGAGAGGUUCUGAUAAAUUCAUCAUCGGUGUCACGUAUGACGCGAUACCACGGAAAGGUGAUGACGAAGCCUAUAAAAUUGGGUGCAAUGAAGUUUCGUGGAGCCUUAAGAAAUGGUGCAACGACUACACAGCGCUACAUAAAGAGACGGAAACAAAACUGUCGAUGCGAGAUGCUCCCAAAAGAGUCGGGGUUCACCUGGACUGGGAGGCGGGCGUCUUGUCAUUCUACAGCGCCGACUCCAUGUCGCUGCUGCAUCAAUUUCACCAAAAAUUUGAUCGAGAGCUGUACCCUGCAAUGGCCGUGCUGCGUAAAAGUCUCUCAAUAUGCCCGUUGCCGUGGCACAGACACUCGUCGUUAGAGAUGAGAGGCUCCUAUUAGAGCGGUCGCUCAUGCGACUCCUGUAUGUAUGUAGAGUAAUCCCUGGCCAACCGCGAGGGUUCAGGUUCCUGAAAACCCUCGCGGUUUGGUAAAGUUACAGGAGGCCCAUGGGUUGUAGGCGGGUAGGGGAACCACAGCCGAGGUCAGACUCGCCACAGCUGAACUAGGCUGCCUGUUUAUUAACUAAUCUAUGUUCCUGUGUAUGGUACAUUAUACAGUAACAUGAUACAACAUAAAUAAACAUGACAUUAACUUUACAUACCUUUACUAUUAACGAUGAUUAUAAUUAAAAGGAAGGCCGUAGCCAUGGAGUCAACAUUGGGGGGGACCAAAUCCUCCAGGCUGUCUGGGGUUUUAACCCAGAAAAAUAUCUAAAUUUGAAAACUCAUUUCCUGUCUAAAAUAUUAAGAAAUUCACUAACACAUGGGAUGGACUUUUUAUUUUUUACAAUAAUGUCGAAUAGUGUAUUGUAUUACAUUGUUCUGUUUUUCUAUUUUAUCAUUUCUUGUUUCAUUGUAUGUAAUGGCAGAGAUUAGGGAUUAAUAAAGUACAACCAUAACCAAUAUCGUAUAAACA